AUACGACUACUAUCGACUACGAAACAGUCUAGUAAAGAAAAGUAUUUAUGUCAACACGCUUUUACUAAAACAGAUUAUGCAUUUAUUAAUUUUAAUAACUGUUUUAUUGUCAACUUUAGGCAGUGUGAUGGGUGACCACUUAGUGGCAAACGCUGCUAGAGACAAUCUCGAGAGUGAGGACUCUACCAUCGAUAUCAUUGAGGGUAGCGUCGGUCCUGAAUACAAUGAAACGUGGGAGAACAUUCAAUACAACAAACCCAUACAAACCUCGCCAACUACGACAACCACGAGACAACCAUACAUUCAUCAACAUCACGCAAGACGACAUCGACCAAACACGCCAACAUAUCCCACGUACUACCCCAAAAAGCCCAUUCAUCCAGGCUGGUCUAACAAUCCGACUAACCCCGAUCAGUACACCACUACUGUAGAACAUCCAAGACGAACCAACUAUCGUUAUCCCAAACAAACAGAAACAACCACAAAUGCAACUACGAAUACAUAUCCACGAUUCCCCCACGCUCGACCUAAAUACCCUACGUCCCCACAACGGAUUUACCCCACUUAUCCUGGUCUUGACUAUCCAAAAAGAAAACCAUAUCCUGUGAAUACAACUACAAUUAAUCCACUGGAGACACUAUAUACUGAAAAACCCGAUACAUGUGAUACUACCUAUGAUGCUGUUACGCUUAUACGCGGAGAACUCUUCAUUUUCAAAAAUAGGUACUAUUGGAGGAUAGGCGCCAACGGUCCGUACCCCGGACACCCGAUUGAGAUAACAAAGAUGUGGGCAGCGUUACCGGAAAAUCUCACACACGUUGACGCUGUUUACGAAAGGCCAGACCGCAAAAUUGCUUUCUUCAUUGGCAAGAAGCUGUACUUGUUUGAUUCGCAAUACCUAAUACCGGGCUAUCCCAAAGACAUAGUUCAUCUUGGUCUACCCGAAGAUCUGGAGAAGUUAGACGGUGCAAUGGUCUGGGGGAACAAUGGUAAAACAUACUUCUAUAGUGGCAACAUGUACUGGAAAUUAGAUGAUGAAACAGGACGCAUAGAGUUAGACUAUCCUCGCGACAUGUUAAUGUGGAGAGGUGUCGGUUAUAAUAUUGACAGUGUGUUCCAAUGGAAGGACGGUAAAACCUAUUUCUUCAAAGGGAAAGGUUUUUGGAAAUUCGACGAUCUGAAAAUGCGCGUUCAAUACGAAAAGCCGCUCCCUUCGGCACAAUUCUGGAUGUCGUGCCCAGAAGAUUUACCUACUUGCGUAUUAUGUUUACCUAGUCUAGGUUUCCUAAAACAUAUUUUUAUGAAACUCAUUAAAAUUGUGUUGUACCUAUUUCCUUAAAAAUAAACAUAAACAGUAUAUUUUAUUUUUAACCGACUUCCAAAAAGGAGGAGGUUCUACGUUCGGCUGUAUGUAUGUUUUUUUCUAUGUAUGUCCAGCGAUAAUUUCGUCAUUUAUGGACCGAUUUUGAAAAUUCCUCCACCGCACCGCCUUCAAACUGAUCAGAAGGUUUCAUAGGUAAGAUGUUAUUUUUUGCUUUUUAGUUUAGGUUAAUUAUAGAGUUGGAAGUCGGUUGAAAUUUUUUAUUAAAAUUUUAUAAUUUAAACUAUCG